ACAGCACUGGAACUGGGACUGCAACUCUUAACAAACCCAACCGACGAUCUCUUCUUCUUCCUCUUCUUCCUCCUUCCCCCCCAAUUCUCCACCCCAAACCCUGACUCUCUCUCUACAAUUCGUCUCGCUCUCCUUUUCAUGGCUGUGGCCUCCGCCCCUGCGAGCUCCGAGACGACAUUCAAAGUGCCGCCGCAGCCGACAAUGGAACCGUCGCCUUCCAGAUUGUCUUCCGACGCCGCGUUGGAGUCUUCAUCGUCGCCGCUGAUCUCCUCCUCCGCCGCCACGCCCGAUCGUGACGAUCCUUCCAAUUCCUCUCCCAAUUCUCGCCGAGACCUCGAUAUUCAGUCACAAACAAUGUUAAGAAGUGAAGAGUAUCGGCAAUUGUUUCGUCUUCCACCGGAGGAAGUUCUUGUUGAAGAUUUUAACUGUGCAUUCCAGGAGAACAUACUUAUUCAGGGCCAUAUGUACCUCUUUGUCCACUAUAUUUGCUUCUAUUCUAACAUAUUUGGGUUUGAGACAAAGAAAUUGAUUGCAUUCCAUGAAGUCACAAGUGUACGAAGAGCAAAGACAGCAGGGAUCUUUCCUAAUGCCAUAGAAAUUUUUGCUGGAGGCAAGAAGUACUUCUUUGCAUCCUUCCUUUCUCGUGACGAAGCUUUCAAGAUCAUUAAUGAUGGAUGGUUGCAACACAGUAAUGGUGCCAAAGCAGUUGCAGAGCAGCAGGAAUCAACAUCUGGGACCAGUAGCCAGGAGAAUGGAGUUGCAAUUGAGAAAGUCGAUAGCUUCAGACAGCCAACUGAUGAAUUGGAUUCUACUAACAGAACGGUGGAUAUUCCUAUUCCAAAAGAUUUCGAGUUACCUCCCAAUGUUGGAGACGACAAGGUGUCAACAAUAAUUUCAGAGGUAAAAGAUAUUUUGGAAGAGGAUAUAGUACCCAUUUCAAAUACCAACUCUUCUUCUAUGUGGAAGGAGGAGAACUGUGAUGCCCCAAAUGUACCAGAAUGGUACACAAUGGUUGCAGAAUCAGAAUUUCCGAUAAAGGCUGAGGACUUUUUCAAUUACUAUUUCUCUGACAAUGCGGUUAUUUUUAUUGAAUCAUUUCACAAAAGCUGUGGAGAUAAAGAAAUUAAAUGCAGCUCAUGGUAUCCCAAUGACAAUUUUGGGCAUGCUCGAGAUGUAUCUUUUCAACAUCCAAUAAAACUUUACUUUGGAGCUAAGUUUGGGGGUUGUCAAGAAACUCAGAAAUUUCGUCUCUAUAGAAACAGUCAUUUGGUUAUUGAGACAUCACAAGAACUCAGCGAUGUACCUUAUGCAGAUUAUUUCCAUGUUGAGGCUCUCUGGGAUAUAGAGAGAGAUGCUGAUGAAUCGAAAGAAUGCUGCUCUUUACGGGUGUAUGUCAAUGUGGCAUUUUCGAAGAGAACUGUCUGGAAAGGCAAAAUAGUGCAGUCUACUCUAGAAGAAUGUCGAGAAGCAUAUGCAACCUGGAUCAACAUGGCGCACGAAUUGUUGAAGAACCUUGAGAAACAGCAAGAGAAAACUCCUGUUGCUACUGUUGUUCCAAAUGGUGAAAUUCAUUCUGAAAGAGCAGCAAAAGAUGUGGAAUCAUCAGGAAGGCUGCAUGAGACAAGCGACCGUUCAAGAACACAGAAUGCUAACCAGCAACUUGGCAAUCUGUUUCAAGGAAGGUUGGCUGGUGCUUCCUCUUUUGCAUCAUGGCUCAGAGAAAUAUUUACAAGAUUCUGUUCAUCUUUGGAAAGUCGAGGCAAUCUUUCCCUGGUCGUGAUUAUCAUUUUUUUCGUGAUUCUCUUAAUGCAGUUGAGUAUACUUGUGCUUCUAGCGAGACCCCAACACAUCCACGUACACUCUCCAGCAGACUACAUGAUGAGCACAGGCAGCGGAGUUGGUGGAAGAUCGUCUGAAGCCAUGGUUUGGUUGGAGAAGCGAGUUCACCACCUUAAAGAUGAGAUGUACAUGGUUGAGGCCCGACUUGAGAGGAUGCGGCAUGAACAUGCUCUUUUGAAAGCUCAACUUAAAGAUCUAAUGCAAUCUAGUAAGCGUACGUAACUUCUUGUAUAUCUGUGUAUCCUUCUUGUGUUGAUAACCACUUCUCUCUCUCUCUCUCUCUCUCAGGGUGAUGUUGUAGUCAGGAAAAAAAAAAAGAGAAGAAUGAAAAUACAAAUUGUCUUCAAGACUGAAAACAAUAAAAAUGAAGGCCAUGGAACGCACCAUGACCUCGGUAAUGAUAAAAAUCCCGAUUUUCCAUCAUCACUCUGUAACAAAUUGUCUUCAGGAUUACCUUGUAUAAUGAUAGAGCUUGGAUUGUUAUGACUGCAAAUAGACCAUAUAUGUUGUAUUUAUACUGAAUUCAACUGUAGGAGAAAGAUCUUAGUGGCUCCUAAUUUACUUGGAAUGUACUAGUAACCUUGAUCAUAGUUCGAGUGCUGUUAUAUUCAAUGUUCUCGCUUAGGUUAUACAUUUGAUGCCAUUUAAAGCUUGCAAUGUACUUCCACGCACGUGUCUAGCGCCCAGUUUAGGGUGUUGUCAAUGAAGAUUCUGGAGUAGUAAAAAAUU